CAAAGAGCGCGAAUCGAACGUAAACAAAUGUUCCGUGCUUUGACGGAAUUUACGUAGCGGCAAAGAGCGUAGUUUAUCUAUGGUGGAUACUGGAUAGUGGAUAUACAAACAGAAAAUAGCGGAGAAAGGAAGAAAUAAAAGAUUAGAAUACAACGCAUAAACGAUUUCAAAUGAAUUAUAGUUGUUCAUUUUUACUCAAAUAUGUAUUUAAGUCUGUGUAAAACGCUUGUUUUUAUUCGUACAAUAAUUUCUUGGUAUUCGUUGUAAACUAUAUAGUGUUUUAAUUCUAGCUGAUAUGACUGGGAAAGUCAAGGUGUCUGCAGAAUGGAAGAAGCGAGUUCGCUCAGAGUUCAUGCGUCUUCGCCAAGUAAAGCGCUACAAGCGAGCAGACGAGGCAAAGGUAGCUUGGUGCGAAAACAGGAAGCAUAUGACAGAUGUCCUUGCGGAGGAGCAGAAGCGGUGGGUGGAAGGCAAGGCGGUGUGGGUGUGGUGCCAGGAUGUGCCCGCCCACGCCUCCUGCAUGAAGAAGGCAGAGGUGUGGUCGGCAGACCAGGCGCCGCAGAGCCGGCCCGUUGCCGUCGUCAACGCCGUCACGCCCAUCCCCACCAUGUACACCUGGGCGCCCAUCCAGCAGAACUUCAUGGUGGAGGACGAGACGGUGCUGCACAACAUCCCGUACAUGGGGGAUGAGAUACUGGACCAGGACGGCACCUUCAUCGAGGAGCUGAUCAAGAACUACGAUGGCAAAGUGCACGGCGACCCGGACGUGGGCUACUUGGACGACCCGCUGUUUGUGGAGCUGGUCAAUUCCCUGGUGCAGUAUCAGCUGAAGGACGAGGAGACCCCCAGUGAAAAGGAGAAAGACAAAGAAAGGGAUAAAGACAAAGAUAAGGAUAGAGACAAAGACAAAGACAGAGACAGAGAGAAAGAUAAAGACAAAGACAAAGACAAAGAAAAGGACAAGAACCGAAGUGCUUCGAGUGGUAGCAGCAAGACAGAACCGAAACAGCCAAGCGUCACGGCCGUGGUACCAGCACCUGUCCCCAAGCCCUUCCCGGGCAUGAUAGUGUUCCAGGCAGUGUCCGCCAUGUUUCCGGACAAAGGCGAUGCGGAGACCUUGCGUGAGAAGUAUGUGGAGCUGAUGGAGCACACGGACCCGAACGCCCGGCCGCCUGAGUGCACGCCCAACAUAGACGGUCCGAUGGCCGAGUCGGUGCCACGUGAGCAGACGAUGCACUCUUUCCACACGCUCUUCUGUCGGCGGUGCUUCAAGUACGACUGUUUCCUUCACAGACUUCAAGCUUCACACCCAGGGCCAAAUCUCCAGAAACGGAAAGGGCCGGAUCUAAAGAAUUUCAGGGAUCCAUGCGGCCCAGACUGUUACAUGCUUCUUGAAGGGAUGCGCGAGAAGCUGGCAGCAUUGGCGCAGACGAAGGAGCGCGAGGAGAGAGAGAGCCAGGCCGCGGAGGCCCAAGCCGUGGGCCCCGAGCAGGGCAAGCAGCAGAAGCCUCGCAAAGUGCGCAAACAAGCCUCUGUGGAUUCUGGUAAUGAGGCCAGCUCAGAGGACAGUAACGACAGCAAGUAUGACAAAGAAAUGAAGCGGAACUCGAGCAAGGAAGCGCAGGGCGCAGCGAAGCCCACCACCAGCUGCGCCCUGCUGGAGGGCCCGCAGGAGCCAGUGUCCACACGCACGUCCUUCUCCCUGCUGGGCGUGCACAGCCCGGAGGAGGGCCGGGAGUGGAUCGGGGCAGAGCAGUCCCUCUUCCGCGCCCUGCACAAGGUCUUCCUCACCAACUACUGCGCCAUCGCACAGCUCAUGCUCACCAAGACGUGCCAGCAGGUGUAUCAGUUUGCCUUGAAGGAGGCAGCAGACAUACCGACAGAGGAGUCGCUCAAGGAUUUCACUCCGCCGCGCAAGAAGAAGAAGAAGGUCCGCCUGUGGUCCAUGCACUGUCGCAAGAAUCAGCUCAAGAAGGACUCGAGCUCGAACCAUGUGUGCAACUUCACGCCGUGCGACCACCCGAAUCGGCCGUGCGAGCAGAACGAGUGCAUGUGCAUCACCAUGGGAAACUUCUGCGAGAAGUUCUGCCAGUGCAGUUCGGACUGUCAGAAUCGUUUCCCUGGCUGCCGCUGCAAGGCCCAGUGCAACACCAAGCAGUGUCCGUGCUACCUGGCCGUGCGGGAGUGUGACCCAGACCUCUGUCAGACGUGCGGCGCCGACCAGUUCGACGUCUCCAAGAUCUCGUGCAAGAACGUCAGCGUGCAGCGGGGAUUACGUGGGUGCAACACAAAUAAACACUUGCUGAUGGCACCAUCAGACGUGGCCGGCUGGGGCAUCUUCCUGAAAGACAGCGCCCAGAAGAACGAGUUCAUAUCAGAAUACUGCGGAGAGAUAAUCUCCCAGGACGAGGCGGACCGUCGCGGGAAGGUGUACGACAAGUACAUGUGCAGCUUCCUCUUCAACCUCAACAACGAUUUUGUGGUGGAUGCAACACGAAAGGGUAAUAAGAUACGUUUUGCAAACCACUCUAUCAAUCCUAAUUGCUAUGCUAAAGUGAUGAUGGUCAAUGGGGACCACAGGAUUGGUAUUUUUGCAAAACGUCCAAUUCAGCCAGGAGAGGAGCUAUUUUUUGAUUAUCGGUAUGGACCAACUGAGCAACUCAAGUUUGUGGGCAUUGAAAGAGAAAUGGAGUUCUUAUAGUAAAUGCAGACUGGUGAUCAAGAUUUUUCUCAAGAAGAAAUUGUUUCUAGUGUGCAGUUUAUAAAUUUUAUUUGUAUUUCUAGAGGUAUAUGUUGAAUGCAAGAGGUAACUCUCUUGAAAUCCUGUGACCCGUAGUUUGUUUACAAAUGAACUUUUUUCAAUGAUACAUAUGCAGUAGUCUACUGCAUGUCAGGACAUAUCACUGUGGUGACCAUUGCGAGCCUCAUUGAUGUAUAUUUGUUUGGCUUCGUUUUAUGAAAAAAAAUAUAGUACAAAACUGUA